CUAAUAAUAAGGCACUGCAUCUAUUGAUGCUUACUUGGACUUAAGCUCCACGUCGUCUCUCAGUAUUCUUCCAUUAAUAAUCCAACCACCAUCAUGAAGCUGUCACUGUCGCUUCUUUUUGCGGGACUGUUGGCUAGCGUCAGUGCCUCCAAUGUUGUCGAGCUCACCCCGGACAAUUUUGACAGCGCAAUUGGUAAGGGGAAGCCUGGUUUAGUUGAAUUCUUUGCCCCUUGGUGUGGUCACUGCAAGAACCUCGCUCCUAUAUACGAGCAACUUGGCGAUGCCUUUGCGCACGCAAAGAGCAAAGUUAUCGUUGCCAAAGUCGAUGCUGAUGGCGCGGGUAAACCUUUGGGACAGAAAUACGGUGUCACUGGAUACCCUACUUUGAAGUGGUUUGACGAGCAAGGGAACAUCGAGCCUUACGAAGGCGGCCGAGACCUUGACGCACUUGCUUCUUUCAUCACUGCGAAGUCUGGUGUGAAAUCGAGUAUCAAGCCCCCACCGCCCCCUGAAACCUUGAUUCUUGAUGUCCACAGCUUUGAUGAUGUUGCCUUGGAUGAGACAAAAGACGUUCUUGUCACGUUUACCGCGCCAUGGUGCGGGCAUUGCAAGAACCUCAAGCCAAUCUAUGAACAAGUUGCGAUUGACUUCAAACCAGAGGGCAAUUGUGUUGUUGCCAACUUUGACGCGGAUGCACAACCGAACAAGGAGAUUGCUGGUCGCUACGGAGUGUCAUCUUACCCUACCAUCAAGUUCUUCCCUCGUGGCGGAAAUGAAGUCGAGGCUUAUGAAGGCCCUCGCACUGAACAAGCAUUCGUUGCUUUCCUCAACGAGCGCUGCGGAACUCAUCGCGCCGUUGGUGGUGGUCUCAAUGACGAGGCUGGCCGUAUCGCGGAACUCGAUGCCCUUGCCCAGAAGUUCUUGGCCGCUGCCGGUGACGCUCGUGAUUAUAUUCACAAGGAGGCUUUGACGCUUUCCGAGUCACUCGGCGAGACGGCAAAAUACUAUAUCCGUGUGAUGGAGAAAGUUGUAAACGACCAGGAAUCCUAUAUCGAGAAGGAGUCUAAGCGCCUUGCGUCUAUCCUGACCAAGCGCACGAUGUCACCUGCCAAGCUGGAUGAGAUCAAAACGAAGGCCAACAUUCUGAGCGCAUUCGUGGCCAAAAAGUUAGAAGAGGCACAGGAGAAGGUUGAGAGUGUCAUCGGCAGAGCGACAGCUGAGCUUUGAUGUCGCACGAUUAUCUGCUUUGUGCACGGAUCCACACACUUGUUAAUCUGGAUGUUAUAAAGCUAGGUUUCGGUAUUUUCCACCACCACGCAAUCAAUGAUAUUAAAGAUAAUUUUCACUUUUGGACCUAUCGUAAUUUGUAGACGCUGGCAAACAACUAAAACAGG